AUGGCUAAGCCUAACCAGGAGAGAAAGGCUAGAAAUGCCAUCAACGAGGUUGUUACCCGUGAGUACACCAUCCACGUUCACAAAAGAAUCAGGGGAAUUGGUGCCAAGAAACGCGCUCCACGUGCUAUCGAUGAGAUCCGCAAGUUCGCCAAAGCCCAAAUGAACACCGAAGAUGUUCGCAUCGAUACCAGACUCAACAAGUUCAUCUGGUCUAAGGGAAUCAAGAACGUUCCAUUCCGUGUCCGUGUUCGUCUUUCCCGUAGACACAACGAAGAUGAGGACUCUGCCCACAAGCUCUACACACUCGCUACCUAUGUCCCAUGCACCAGCUUCAAGGGAUUAACCAAUGUCAAUGUUGACAGCGAGGAUCAUAUUUUGCUCGAGAAUGAAGGCGUCAGACUUGCAUUUAAAAAAUGUGAUGGUAGAUGUGAGCAGUUUCCGUCCACUGAAGUCAUACCUGACGCUGUUCUAUGUGGCACUUUCCAAUUAUUCGUUGGUAGGCUUGAAAUUGAUAAUGUCUAUUAUUUACUGCUUGUCUCGCAAUCCACUCGUGUAGGUUACUUUAGAAAUCAUGACAAGAAGAUACCAAUUUAUAAAAUUGAAAAGGUGAAGGCAGUGCCUAUUGAUGUAGAUGAAAGGAAUUUGAAACAUUUGCUCGAGGAAAAUCAAGGCGGUAAGCUGAAAGUCGGAACUGAGAAACUUCUGAAGUUUGUUCAAGAGAAAAUUGGAAAUCAACCAACCUUCUUGGAAGAAAUUUUGAAGUUGUUCAAUGAUAACCCAGAUUUCUAUUAUUGUUUGGAGAGAGAUAUCACUCGUUCUACUGAACGUUUCUUCGGUUCCAGCUCCGAGCCCAUUGAGUGCUUUUUCUGGAAUAAGCAUCUUCUGUCUUGUAUUGAUGACUCUUUCUCUCCUGAAUUCAAGGAUAAAUGGACCAUACCGGUUAUACAAGGAUUCAUACGGACAGUUGAAAUAACGCUUCAAGAGGAUGCUCAGCUUACUGCUUCUUUAGAAGUGACAUUGAUUUCAAGAAGAUCCGUUAGGAGAGCUGGUGCUCGUUAUUUGAGAAGAGGUAUAGAUAAUGAUGGAAACGUGGCUAAUUUUGUCGAAAGCGAGUUGAUUCUCAAUAUUUUUGGUCAUCAUCUUUCAUAUGUGCAGAUUCGAGGUUCAGUUCCUCUUUUUUGGAGUCAAAAAGGUUUAAAGUACAGACCACCCUUGAGCAUUGACAAGUCGACAGAAGAGUCUCUACCAGUUUUCGAAAAGCAUAUUUCCGAACUAGUGUCUAUUUAUGGAUCAAAUCUAAUUCUCGUCAACUUAGUAGAUCUUACAGGACGUGAGCUGAAGUUAGCUCUUGGUUAUUUAGAGCAUGCCUUGAAACAAAAAUCGGAGAAGAUUGUUUUUGCUUCAUUUGAUCUUCAUAAACAUUGUAGAGGAUUGCGGUUCGAUAGAAUAUCAAUUCUAAUUGACAGUAUCCAAGACCAAUUGAACGAGGUUGGGUUUUGCUGGGUUGAUAAGACAGGGGAAAUUGUUCAAUCUCAGAAAGGAGUCGUCAGAACCAAUUGUGUAGAUUGUUUAGAUAGAACAAAUGUAGUUCAAGGAUCCAUCUCUCAAUUCGUCUGCAUGAGACAAGCUCAAAGGCUCGGCAUAUUUGGCCCUCUCGCCGAACCACCCGAUAUACUGGUUAAUGUUCUUCAAACCUUAUGGGCGGAUAAUGGUGAUGCUAUAUCAACUCAGUACGCAGGAACAGCUGCUUUGAAAGGAGAUGUCACUCGAUCAGGAGAAAGAAAAAUUGCCGGCAUCAUGAAAGAUGGGUACAAUAGUGCUUCGAGAUAUUACCUUUCUCAUGUUCGCGACUCUACACGCCAGAAAGCAAUCAACCAUCUUCUGGGUGAACCGGAUCUCGGAUCCGAAUCGAUGGUUGAUGAUUCUGAUGAAGAUGAAGAUGGGAACGUAUCACGCCUUGUUAGCGAAACAAUUCAUUUUCUUCUGCCAGAAGGAGAAGUUCUUGUCGCCGGUUGGGGUCUUGUUGAUGCUCGAGAUGACUCGGAUAAUGUAGAUUCUGUUGUUUUAUUAACUCGAGCUCGUCUUUUUGUCGCUCUGUAUGAUGAUGAGGUAGAAAAGCUGAUGGAUGUAAGGAUAAUACCCCUUGACGAGAUAGAAACAAUUGAGGUCGGAAAACCAUCUCGUAAUGCCCGAACCCACUUGAGAAUAACAGGAAAAAAUGGAUCUCAGGGAUCAUGGGCCUGGAGACCAUCGAAAACACGUCUCUUCAAUAAUGUUGCCAUAAGAAUAAAAUCCGCGGAGGAGGCGGAUGAAUAUGCUGAAUCAAUUGCUGAGCAAAUUUCCGUAGCUUAUGAGAUGUCGCGCGGAGAAGUGAAACCUAUUCAAAAGCCUUGUAAGCUUGUGCUUAACGGACCAGGGGCAGCGAGGAAAGCGCUUGCUUCCAUGACGUCUGCUCUGAAGUUCAAACCGAAACGCCCUAACUCCUCUCCUGGACCGAUAGAUGUCCCAACCAAAUGCGAAGACAGCAAUAGUUCAACCCCCAAAGAUGAAGACAGAAGCGCAGAGACAUCCGAGUCAGAGCAGAAUGAUAAUGACAAGGUGACUGGUCUUGUAGGCAGAAUAAGAGGGCUUCGACCUAUCUUCGUGAAACAGAAACAGGAUACAAUAGAUCCAUUUGAAAGUUUGAAACCUAUAAUGUGCAACGAAUUAACCAAAUUAAUCUUGCUUUAG